UGAAUUCUUGUUCGCUCCUUAACGUCCCUUUCUCCCAUCUCCAGAAAGAACCAAGAAAUACGACCGUUGCAACGGUUUCCCUGCCGAUCUCAGACCACGGCUCGAGUUCAAAAUGGCGUGUUCUCUGCGACGCGGCAUGAGCUCAGCUAUAGCCCGCCUUCUGCCGCCGACGAGGUUGUGUUCGUCUUCGUCGGACGCGUUGGUGGAAAUCAAGCCCGGUGAGGUCGGCAUGGUCUCCGGCAUUCCCGAACAGCACCUCCGCAGAAGAGUUGUGAUCUACUCACCUGCUCGUACUGCAACACAGCAAGGCUCUGGAAAAGUUGGCCAAUGGAAGAUCAACUUUUUGUCCACGCAAAAGUGGGAGAACCCUUUGAUGGGUUGGACAUCCACUGGAGACCCCUAUGCCAAUGUUGGUGAAGCAGGUCUUAGUUUUGACAGUGAAGAAGCUGCAAAGGCCUUCGCUGAGAAACAUGGCUGGGAGUACACGAAAGCUUCCAACGGCUAGUUUUUCAACUCCAACGGUCACAAACGGCUACAUUUCUCUUCAAUCUUUUGGGAAGCCUAUAAAUACAAGUCAUGGAUGAUCAAGAGAAGACUAAUGGAUGGAAAGGAAAUUAUUUGAGCUUAUAUCGUAUACACAUUUGUAUUUAUAUUGACUGUGCUUUAAUUUUCUCUCUUUAAGGAUUUGAUCUUCACUUGUAAUUAUUCAUUUCAAGCCUUGUAUCAUUUUUGAGAGACAUUGUAACUAAGAGAUUUAUCUCUUAGAUCCUCUCUUUGUUAUACUUGUUGUAUUUCCUAGCUUGUGUAGUUAGAGGGCCUACUUGGUUUAAGUAGGAGGUUGUAUUUCCUAGCUUGUGUAGCUAGAGGGCCUACUUGUGUAAGUAGGAGGUUUUAGUGAAUUGGUUUAAAAUCCUUAGUGGAAGCUAAGAUAGUGGAUUAGGCUUGGUUUAAGCCGAACCACUAUAAAUUCUUUGUGUCAU